UGCACGCCCAUCUCAGUCUCGUUUGCUCCUCAGAGCUCGAGGUGCCCCGUGUGACUCCAGAAGCAGUUAGCAGGAUCAGACACGGUUAUCUCCCAUUUGCAGCUGAGGUGGCCAAGAGAUAAGAGUUGCUUAAGGUUGGAGUUAGCAAACAACGAAACUGGUGUUUCCACACAGAUCGUGGUCUCCGAGCCAACCAUCCACUUUCUACGAGGAAACUGUAUUCUUGACGUUUUCGUUUCUCUGGUAACUUCAAAGACUGGGCAGGGCAAGCCUGGGCACCAGGAAGAACUGGUGCCCCUGGCCUGAGUCGAGAAGAAAAGAAGAGAGAAGAGAGAUCGAAGCAGAGAGAGAAGGAAGCUGCUGGCUGGACCACAAUGAAAUCCCUCCUCGCGCUACUGCUGGUGCUCCUGGACCUGGGACAGGCCCAAGGAGCUGUGAACAGGGUGCCCCUCAGAAGGCACCAGUCCCUCCGGAAGAAGCUGCGGGCCCAAGGCCAGCUCUCAGACUUCUGGAAGUCCCAGAACUUGGACAUGAUCCAGUUCAGCGAGUCCUGUAAUGUGGACCAGAGUACCAAUGAACCACUCAUCAACUACCUGGACAUGGAGUACUUCGGCACUAUCUCCAUUGGCUCCCCACCACAGAACUUCACCGUCAUCUUUGACACCGGCUCCUCCAACCUCUGGGUCCCUUCGGUUUACUGUACCAGCCCAGCGUGCAAGACACACCCGGUGUUCCACCCAUCCCAGUCCAGCACAUACGAGGAGGUAGGGAAUCAUUUCUCCAUCCACUAUGGUACCGGGAGCCUGACAGGAAUCAUCGGAGCUGACCAAGUCUCUGUGCAAGGGCUGACUGUGGAUGGCCAACAGUUUGGAGAAAGCGUCAAGGAGCCUGGCCAGACCUUUGUGAAUGCGGAGUUUGAUGGGAUUCUGGGCCUGGGAUACCCCUCACUGGCUGCUGGAGGGGUGACCCCAGUGUUUGACAACAUGAUGGCCCAGAACCUUGUGGAUCUGCCGAUGUUCUCUGUCUACUUGAGCAGUGACCCAGAAGGUGGCAUAGGCAGUGAGCUGACUUUCGGAGGCUAUGACUCCUCUCAUUUCUCUGGGAGCCUCAACUGGAUCCCAGUCACCAAGCAAGGCUACUGGCAGAUUGCGCUGGACGGAAUCCAGGUGGGAGACACAGUGAUGUUCUGCUCUGAGGGCUGCCAGGCCAUUGUGGACACAGGGACCUCCCUCGUCACCGGCCCCUCUGACGAGAUCAAACAGCUUCAAGAGGCCAUUGGGGCCACACCCAUGGAUGGAGAAUACGCUGUGGACUGUGCCUCCCUCAACACGAUGCCAAAUGUUGCCUUCCUCAUCAACGGGGUUUCAUAUACCCUCAGCCCAACUGCCUACAUCCUGCCGGACUUAGUGGAUGGGAUGCAGUUCUGCGGCAGUGGCUUCCAAGGACUUGACAUCCCGCCGCCCGCUGGGCCCCUCUGGAUCCUGGGGGACGUCUUCAUCCGGCAGUUUUACUCGGUCUUUGACCGUGGAAAUAAUCAAGUGGGACUGGCCCCCGCGGUCCCCUAAACAGGAUAUCUGUCUGUGUAUGGAUACCUGAUACCCCUUUAGCCUGUUAGAUCUCUUUAUAUCCAAAAGUCAUUGCCCACAGGAUGCAGCCAUCCCAGAGCACACACAGCCCCCCCGCCACCAUGCUGAACACACACACCUCCUCCACUGUGAUGAAAGAAGGAAGUCUGUCUGUCUGUAGGCUUUAUUGUUUUUUGCCAACUUUCUAUAUGGAACUCUCCAAACAUAUACAAAUAGAUGUGAUGGCAAGAUAAAUCCCCGUGCACCUCUACCCCACCUCACAACCCAUCCACAUGUGCUCAGACCCCUCGAUCUUCUCUCCCUCUGGCUCCACACAUCUAGAUUCAGAAACGAAUUCUAAGCACUAUAUCAUUGUAUCCAAUGUCUAAUAGCCUUAAAAGUCAGGAUUUAAAUAUCUCUCACUCGCUCAUAAAUGUGUACCUUUUUUACAGUUGAUUUGUUUGUAUCAGGAUUCAAACUAGAUCCCUAACUGGGGAGGAAAAAAAACCAUAAAUUAAAUUGCAUUGGUUUGAAAUGUCUCUUAAGUCUCUUUUCUUAUAUAAAAUUUUCCAUGUUCAGAAUUUUGCUAAUUUGCAACCAGGCAUGGUAGUGCAUGCCUAUAUUUCAGCACUCUGGAAGCUGAGGCAGGAGGAUCACUUCAAGUUCAAGGCAUCCUGGGCUACAGAGUAAGUUCCAGGCCAGCCAGGACCAUAUGGCAAGACCAUGAAAAAGAUUUUUACUGGUUAGAAUCUAGGGGUAUAAUUUGACAUGGGCCUCUGCAUGUGCCCACCCUUCCUACAGAAUGGUAGUUAGGUCUAGGCCUUGAUUCAUGGCAAAACUGUGACCCAGAUGGCACUGGGUACAUCCCAUCAGGAGGCAGAUGAUGCUGGGUGUCUUUUAACUGUCAUGUAAAGUUGAAUGAGUGGAUUUACGGCUGUCAGCCUACACCAUCUGAUACAAAACCCCCCUUUCAUCAGCCACUGAUGGUCAUCAUUGAACCCCUCAUGGUGGUUAGAGUUUCCCCAAUUCUACUUUUCUCCAUAAAAAUCACCUGCCUUCAUCACCCUUCUGCUCACUGUGAAGUCCACCUCAUAUACCUAAGAAGACAACUGCCUGAGGCUUCCCCUCCCCCACUUUACCUACCAGUUGUCAAAAUAACCAGCGGGUGCUACAGCAGAGGGUAACGGACUUAAACCUACCCAUUCUAACAUACAUUUACUGCCAAUAUUCAAUUUUCAGUGACCCUUUAAGUUACUUCCUGUGAAUUUUCCCAGCCCAUCUUACACACUUUCACCCUAUCAGGCAGCCUCAACCAUUGUCCCAAAGAGUUCCUCGAAGUGUGCCUCUAAGUCAACUGUAAUGAAAAUGUGUGGUACUGUCAAACAGAAGACUCCCCAGAGUCUGGCCCGAGGUUUCCCAGGGACUGAUGGAGCCCAUCUUCACUCUGGGGUUCCACUUCUUUUCCUCUUCCUUUCUUUCCUCUUUGCUCCUUUUAAAAUGGAGUCUUCAAUCUUCGUUCUUAGCAUGAAAUAUACGCAAGUGUUCCGUGACCCUGGAAUUAGCUCACAGUUGUUGGUAAGAACUCUUUUGUAACCAAAGAACGAGCCAGCAAAAUGGUUCAGUGAGCAAAGACUCUGGCUCCCAAGCCUGGUGACCUGAGUUCAAUCCCUGGAACCCACACGGUAGAAGGAGAGAAUGCUCUUCUGAGUUGUCCUCUGACAUCCGUGUUCUUGCCCUGCACCUGC